UUUAUUCAUUUUUAUUUUGAUCUUCAAACAGUGUGAAUCGUAUUCACACUUCUACUUUUUUUGUUUUCCCAAAAAUAUUUAAAAAAAAUGUCAAUAUUAUCGAAUUUAAUAAUAUUGGUUAUAUUGGCAUUUGUGAAUUGCCAACGACCAUCAUCAUCGGUCAUUCAAGUGCCCACAAUUCGUUUGAAUAAUCGUAUUGUUUACAGAGAAAAUGUAGCACAACCAAGCCGUCAAUCUCCAUAUUUGAUUCUAUUACCCAGUUCUAAUCGUCGAACAUAUUUUAAUAAUCCUUUCAAUAAUCCAACAUAUUAUAAUAAUUAUCGACCAUCAAUUGCAAAUGCUGAAGAAAAUAUAUUACCUGGACCGGCAACAACUGAAAAUCAUCAUCCAGUAUUGGAUGAUGAUGCAGAAAAAACUGGAUCACCAUUUGAUUUUCUAAACGAUGUACUUGAUGAAGAACAUGAUCUAAAUAAUGCUAAAGCAGCAUUGGAUAGUCCAAAUACACGUGAUGUUAUCAAUCAAAAUGGACCAAACAUGACCAUAUUUGCUCCGGUAGAUGAUGCAUUCAAUAAUUCACCAAAAGAUUGGUCGGAAGAGGAUAAGAAAAAAUUUCUUGAUAAUCAUGCUAUUGUUGGUCAACGUGUUCCGAUUUAUCGAUCAAAUGAUGGUCCUGAAGAACCAUCGCAUAAAGAAGAUAGACUUAAUGUUUUAAGACCAAAUCUUCAUGUUGGUUCAAGUCCAUUAGUACAUAAAGUUGAUCGAUUACAAACUGAACCAAUCAAUACGAUGACCGUAAUGUCUAUGCAGCCAAUUUUAUCGACAAUAUCGAGAUUGGUGAAAAUUGCAAAAAUGGAACCUAAAUUACGUGAAUCGGGUACAUUUUUCUGUCCAUUUGAUAAUCCAAUCACUCGAAAUAUUGCUCGUAAUGCUAAUCCAAAAAAUAUGAAACAAGUUCAAGAAUUUUUAUCCGAUCAUAUGGUACCGGGUGAACAAGGUUGUCGUCCUGGUAUGAAAAAUCUUAAUGGUAAUCCUAUUGAUUGUGAAGAAACCGAUCAAACAAUUCGAAUUAAUCAAAAAGAAUUUCCUAAACGACAAAUUGGUACACCAAUGGGCAUCAUUUUUAUUAUUGAUGAUAUUAUAUUCGAUAAUGCACCAUAUAUGAAUCGUUUGUUACCACGACAACCACCGGUAUAUGUACCACGAAUAUUCAUUACAUUACGACUUGUACCAGCACAAUUAUUCAAUGAUAAAAAUCAAUCAAUGAUUGGAUCAGAUGAUAAUAAUCCCGAAAUAUUGAAUAACGAAGAACAUGUUCGUAUGGAAAGACAAAAUCGUUUACCACCACCAGCACAGGUAUUGAGACAAGCUAAAAAUCGUCGACCACAGUCAAAUAGUUUUCCACAACGUUAUCAACAAGAACCAUUACAACAAGAACAGCAAAAAAUAGAGGAUAUACCAGAUGAAGAAGAAUCUCGUCCAUUACCACAAUCUCCUAGAAAAACAAAACCAAAAUCUAAUGGAAAUGGUGCUAAAAAAGCUCCAAAACCAAAAAUUGCUCAAGAAGAAGAACCUGAAGAUCAGGAUCAAUCUGAUCAAAAACCGCAACAACAAUAUCCAAAAAAGAGUAAAAAACCGAAUGGAAAAGGUAAAGGACAAAAAUCACCUGCUCAAAAUAAACCGAAACCAAAACCAAGUGAAGAUGAUCAACCAAAAGAACCACAACAAGCUAUAGAUGAUGAAGAACCUGAAGAAGAUUCAAAUCAAAAAGCUCCUCAACAAACAAGUGAUGAUAAUGAAGAUGAGCCUAAAGAAGAUGAAGAAGAACCGAAAGAUGAUGAAAAACCAAAAGACGAAGAAGAGCCUAAAGAUGAUGAGGAACCAAAAGAUGAAGAAAAGCCUAAAGAUGAAGAAGAGCCUAAAGAAGACGAGGAAAAACCUAAAGAUGAAGAAGAGCCUAAAGAUGAAGAAAAACCAAAAGACGACGAAGAACCAAAAGAUGAAGAGGAGCCUAAAGACGAAGAAGAACCGAAAGAUGAUGAAAAACCAAAAGACGAAGAGGAACCGAAAGAUGAUGAAGAGCCAAAAGACGAAGAAGAACCAAAAGAUGAAGAAAAACCUAAAGAUGAAGAAGAGCCUAAAGAUGAUGAAAAACCAAAAGACGACGAAGAACCAAAAGAUGAAGAAGAACCGAAAGACGAAGAAGAACCGAAAGAUGAUGAAAAACCAAAAGACGAAGAAGAACCAAAAGAUGAUGAAGAGCCAAAAGACGAACAGGAACCUAAAGAAGAUACACCAGAAGAAGAAGAGCCACAACAACAGGAAGAAGUACCGGACGAAGAUGAUGAAUCACAGCAGCAACAACAACAGCAGCCUCCACCAACGAAAAGUAAAAAACCAAAAGGCCAAAAAAAUGAUAAACCAAAACCAAAACCAAAAUCACCAUCGAAAAAAGGAAAACAACCAAAACAACAGCCAGAAGAUGCAGAUGAUAGUGCACAACAAGCACCGGUACCACCAGCCAAGAAAAAGAAUGGUAAACCAAAAGGAAAUGGACGACCUAAAUCACCGGCUGCAGUUGGGCGGCAGCCGCAACCACAACCACAACAACAGGAGCAGGAACAAGAACAAGAAUCACCGAAUGAUUAUCCAUUGGAACAACAACGUGAUUCGGAAGAUCCAUUUGAACAAAGACCAGAAGAUUAUCCUGCAUUUGAACCACAGCAACGAAUCGAACCGGAAGAUCCAAAUGAUUUUGGCGAAAUGCAACAAUUAAUGCGAAAAUCAGCAAGACAACUUCGUUGUGCUCGUUUUGUUGAUUGGUUAAUGAACAGCGGUGUAAUGGAUCAGAUUCUUGAAAAAGCAAAAGAAUUCAAUGUAACAUUAUUUGCACCAGAAGACAGUGCUGUAUCACAACUGCCAUUUAAUAUGCUCAAUACAAUGCAACAACAACCAAAACGUAAUGCUGAUCUUAUGCUCAUGCAUGCUAUACCUGAAUCAUUUGAACAAAUAUAUCCAGCAACACGUAGUAAUUUUCAUAGUCCAUUAGGACAACCUUAUGAACCAUUUUCACCAAUACAAACAAUGCAACCAGAACGACAAAUUCGAUUUGAUCGUAGUAUAAUGCCAUCACCAUUAACUGGUCAAUAUCAACCAUUAAUUUCUGGUUGUCCAUUAAUGAAUUCACAUCAAAUUGGACCGAUUCGAAUGGUAUCAACUAGAGAAGUUUUGUUUCCACCACAACAAUCCAUUUAUUCCGUUAUGAAACGAUCACCUAAUCUACGAUUAUGUCGUGAAAUUGUUGAUCAAGCACAAAUGGCACCUCAAUUAAGUCGACCAGAUCGAGCAUAUACUAUGUUUACACCAACAGAUAAUGCAAUUCGUAAACGAUUAUCACCCAGACAAUUAAAUUCACUUGUUCGUGAUCCGAAUGCAUGUAGACAAUUUGUUGAUAAACAUCUUGUCGCUAAUCGUGCUAUUUAUCGUAGUUCGAUACCACUUACAGCAAAUGAACAAAAUGAUCCAAAUUUCCAGGGUCGUCAAACUGAUGUUCCAAGCAUGAUGGAUCAUGAACCAUUACGAUUAAGACGAUCAGCUCAAUCUUUUUAUGUAAAUGAUGGUCAUGUUCAAUAUGCUGAUAUAACGACCAACAAUGGUGUGGUUCACAUAUUGAAUGAUUAUAUCUAAAACAAAAUCUAUAAAAUGAAUCAAAUUCCAACAAUAAUAAUCGUUCGGAAAACUGGAACAAAUCAAUCAAUCAAUUUUUUCUU